AUGAACGACCAAAACUGGAAAAACCUCUCCAAUGAGCUCAGAAGGAGAGCCAACUCCGCACGGAAGACAAGCGGCGGCAAUCCCCGUUCUCCCUUUGGAAUAUUCGCCGGUUUCGGUGGACUUUUGCUUCUCGGUGGUGCCACUAUAGUUGCUCAAAAUUCCUUAUUCAACGUUGACGGUGGUCAAAGAGCCAUAAUAUACUCACGUUUGAACGGUGUGCAACCCACCAUCUACCCUGAGGGAACUCAUUUUGUUGUGCCUUGGUUCCAGCGUCCAAUUGUGUACGACGUUCGUGCCAAACCAAGAAACGUUGCUUCGCUUACCGGAACCAAAGAUUUGCAAAUGGUAAAUAUUACAUGUCGUGUUCUUUUCCGCCCCGAAGUGAUGCAGUUACCGGUGAUAUACCGUACUUUGGGCACAGAUUACGACGAGAAGGUGUUGCCCUCGAUCGUCAACGAAGUGUUGAAAUCGGUGGUGGCUCAGUUUAAUGCAUCGCAAUUAAUCACCCAGAGAGAAAAAGUCAGUCGGUUGGUCAAGGAAAACUUGGUGCGCAGAGCUGGAAAGUUCAACAUUUUGUUGGACGAUGUUUCGCUCACUUUCAUGACAUUUUCUCCCGAGUUCAGUGCGGCAGUUGAAGCCAAGCAAAUCGCCCAGCAGGAUGCUCAGAGAGCUGCGUUUAUCGUGGACAAGGCUAUUCAAGAGAAGCAGCAACUUGUGGUCAAGGCUACUGGUGAAGCCAAGUCUGCGCAGUUGAUUGGUGAGGCGAUCAAGAAGUCGAAGGAUUAUGUCGAAUUGAAGAGAUUGGAUACUGCGCGAGAAAUCGCUCAGAUUUUGGCCAACUCUCCCAACAGAAUCUUGUUGGACAAUGACUCGUUGUUGUUAAACACCGUUGUAGAUAGCAGAAAAUAG